AUGGCAGCCCUAAGGCUCAACACCAAGAACCUGGACUUAAUUGGGAGGGCAGGCCGUGGGAAGCUUCAAAUCCCAAGCCACCGUAUACGCAAUGCUGGCGCCGUUAAGGAGGGAAUUGUCCACAUUGGCGUGGGCGGUUUCCACAGAGCUCAUCUGGCCGUCUACGUCGACCAAUUAAUGGAGAAGCAUGGUAUUAAGAACUUCGCGAUUUGCGGCGUUGGCUUGCAGCCCUUCGAUUCUGCCAUGCGUGAUGUCCUGAGAGAGCAGGACCACCUCUACACCGUCAUGGAGCGCUCUGACAAGGGAAGCUUCGCCCAUGUCGUUGGAUGCAUCAAUUCCUACCUCUAUGCCCCAGACAACCGCGAAGCCGUCAUUGCCAAGAUGGCCCACCCUGAUACCCAUAUUGUGUCGCUCACCAUCACCGAAAGCGGCUACUACUACAACGAGAACACACACGAGCUGCAAAGCGAACACCCCGAUAUCAAGUACGAUGCCACCGCGGCCAACGAGAACGCACCGCGCACAACCUUCGGUUUUCUCUACGCUGCCCUGGCACGACGUCACCGACAAGGACUUAACCCCUUCACCGUCAUGUCGUGCGAUAACAUGCAGAAGAAUGGCUCCAUCACACGCCACAUGCUAGAGUCAUUUGCGCGCAUGCGCAACCCUGAGGUUGCCGAGUGGAUUGCCGAGAAAGGCGCCUUCCCCAACGCCAUGGUAGACCGCAUCACACCUCAGACAGAAAGUGUCGAUAAAGAGGCACUGGCCGAAAACUUUGGCAUCGAGGACUCAUGGCCCGUUGUCACAGAGCCCUUUAAGCAAUGGGUUAUCGAAGACAAGUUCUCCGAUGGUCGCCCACCUUUCGAGAAGGUCGGUGUCCAGGUUGUUAAUAACGUCCACGACGUUGAGCAGUUCGAGAUGCACAAGCUCCGUCUGCUCAAUGGAAGUCACUCAGCCAUUGGCUACCCAGGUCAACUGGCUGGCUUCAAAUACGUCCACGAGGUCAUGCAGAACGCCAAGCUGCGCAAGUUGGUGUGGGAGAUGAUGCAGGAGGAGGUGAAGCCGCUCUUGCCCAACAUCCCCGGCGUCGACAUCGACCAGUACAGCAGAACUCUCAUGAAGCGCUUCUCCAACUCCACAAUCCAGGAUCAGCUGCCUCGCAUCUGCCUCAAUGCCUCUGGCAAGAUCCCACAGUUCAUCAUGCCCUCGAUUGCCGAGGUGAUCAUGAAGUCUAAUGCAGAUAAGCGUGAAUAUCCUUUCCGCCGCCUGUGCUUUGUUGCUGCGGCUUGGUUCACUUAUAUCAGGGGCGUCGAUGACAAGAAGGUUCCAUUCAACGUCAACGACCCCAUGCUUGACGAGCUCCGGGCUGCGGCCAAGGCCGACCCUGGCGGUCCUUUGGGACUACUUCAGAUCAAGAACCUGUUCGGUGACGACUUGCGCACAGAUAAGAGGUUCAUCGCCGAGAUGACACAGGCCAUGAAAGACAUUUCCGAGAAGGGCGUCUUGGCCACACUCGAUGAGUACUUCCCAGAUACAAAGGAAGACCGAAACGACGUUGACUAA